GGGGAAGCAGGACUGACUUCCUUCCUCAAUCUGGCAGUCCCCGAGAAGUCAGGAGGGUGGGCUUUCCAGCAAGGACUCAGGAGAUGGGGUGACAAACCUUUCUUCUACAAGAGUCUAUUGAUGCUCUGAAGUCUAAAAUGAUUCUCACAUGGAAAUUAAACCAGCUCUGUCUUGCAUUGAGACAGCCACAGUGCCACGUCUUGCUGUGCUGUGAAGCUGUUGAACCCAGCCAGAGGUGGGCCUCUCGUGCCCUCCCACACACCAGGACACCUGCUGGCCCUCCAGGUCUGCAGAGCCCUGGGCUCCUGCCUUGGGCUGGUCUGCCUGGGCUGAGUGGAGGUUGGGAGUAAGUAGUCUUUGCAUGAUGAUGUUUUAUUAGCCCCCGUGGGUUUGUAUGAAGUCAUUCAGAGUAGGUGAGAAGCUAGGUUUUUAGAGGGACCACAGAGUGUGAAGUGGCUGUUUCCUGCCUCCUAUCUGUGCAUUUUCUUGCUGUGCAGAAAGUGUUUCCAGAGUGUAGGUCUAUAAUCGUGCAGAAACCCUGCUUUAAGAGCAGUGUCUGGGCAGAGUGCCCUGGCCAAGAAGCCAACUUGGCAGCCAUGCUUGGGGUCUUUGUGUGCCUGGAAAUGGGAAGCUCACUGCCACCCCCAGAGGGGCCUUCCUGGGUCCGAAUUUCAUCUCCCUUUUUCCCAGCAUAAUGGACAUAUAGAAAGCUGGAUAGAAACCAGAUAUAAACUAUCUGACGAUUAGGUGUUUUACAGGAGAAUUGUUAGCUUCUUCAAAGUUUUACCAUGGAAUUAAUUCCUUUGAUUAUCAAUAUAUGAAUUAAAUUAGUAUUUGAAAUAAAACUCAUUUGCAUAGCUUUACAGCACCAUGGCUACUGGGUAUAUCAAGUCACAGCUUCCAUCCCCUCAUUUCUCAGCGACCUCUGCCAUGUGCAGUCCCUUUGCUGUUAUAAGGCUAUUUUAUUAUUGUGACCUUCGUGUGUGAACAAGUCAUGACCCUCACGUGGGCUCUCUUCCAGGGUGGAGAAGGCGGCAUGGACUCUGUCUACAAGGGGUUGCAGUAGUGAGCAAAGGGGCAGGAAGCUCGGAGGUGUGCUGGCAGGUCCAGGACACAUGGUGCCAGAGCGGGGGCAGGCAUUUCUGACUUCUCCUCUAGUCCCUUGAGCACCCCUGCAGGGUCUGACCCUCCAUUGCCUCUACACCCCACUUGUUCAAACAGACAUUUUGGGGGGUGCUUGUUUGCACUUUCUGAACUCGAGGACUAAGCAGCCAUUGUCAGGUGUCUGGGUCAUGGUCUCUUAGAGUCUUGCUGUCCAAAGUGGGGUGUGCUUGUGGAGAAUCACUGAUUCAGAACAUGGCAGGGGCGAGAGCCCAGGACACUUCUUACCUCUCCUAGGACUACAGAGAAAUUCUGAACCCCGACGUGGUGAUCCAGCAGACCCAGAAGCUUGUUCUAGGGGCUCAAAAUUCUCUUCCAGGAUUGAGAGGAUGAUUCUACAUGAGUGGCUGGUUCUGGAUUUUUGUUGGGUCAAAAGGAGACGUAACCAAGAGUUCUUGAGCAAAGGGUCUGCCCCAAACUUUGCCAGGUUCCUUUAGGCACUGCUUGCAUGAAAAGGGGAGUGAAGUAAAGGAAGUACCUUCCAGCCUUGGGUCCAGUUGAAGCCACGAGGAGAAGCACCAGCCCAUGGUCUCUUUGAUUUUACUUCCGGGUCCUGUCAGGUUUCCUGUCAGUGUUGUGGCUCUCUAUUCCCCCUGACCCUGGGGCAGAGCCCACCCUGCCUUUGCCCUGUGUGCCUGCCAGUUUCCCACCAGUGUGGCCAACACUUUCCUGACCACAAGAAUUAUUCUAAGGUCAUUGUUCCAAAGGUCCAUCUGUCUGUCUAUCCAAACACAUGAAAACCUCUGGAAUUCUUUGGUUUAUUUUCUUCUCUGGUUGUUCCAUCUUACUGGUCAUCCUUAGGGCCGUCCUGUCCCUGCCUUUACUAUGCCCCACACAGAACUGGAUGGGUGUUAGGAGCGGUUGCUUAUAGAAAAGCCAGUGGUGUGUAUCAGUAACAAACAUUCAUUUAGAGCCAUCAGGUCUCAGGGCCGCGUGUUCCGGACUCACAACAGGUACUUUGCAUCCAUUCCCCUCAGACCUUUCCAGAAUCCAGCUUGUAGGUGGCUUAUCUCCCUUUACAGGGCUCGCCAAGAUGCCCAUCGUGAUGGAAGAUGUCAUGAAGCUGCUGUGCUCCAUCUCUGGGGAGAGGAAAAUGAAGGCGGCCGUCAAGCACUCUGGUACAGGUGCCCUGGUCACAGGGGCUGUGGCCUUCGUUGGUGGUCUGGUCGGAGGUCCCCCUGGACUAGCUGUUGGUGGGGCUGUGGGGGGCCUCUUAGGUGCAUGGAUGACAAGUGGACGGUUCAAGCCGAUUCCUCAGAUCAUAAUGGAGCUGCCACCCAGUGAACAGCAAAAGCUCUUUAAUGAAGCCUCCACCAUCCUCAGGCACCUGGACUGGACGGACGCUGUGCAGCUGACCACACUGGUCAUGGGCAGCGAGGCCCUGAAGCAGCAGCUGCUGGCCAUGCUGGUCAACUACGUCACCAAGGAGCUCCGGGCCGAAGUUCAGUAUGAUGACUAGGUCGUUCCUCCUGGAAGUGGGGAUCUCAUUUAGAUGAUUCCUGGGCCUCCCAGGUGGGGACGGGGAGUUGGGGAAGCCCCACACCAUCAUGUAUUACCUAAAUGGAGUGAAACCUGCUGGAGAAGCUCCUAUUGUGCUGUAUCAUGUUCUGGAAAUUAUUUAUGAAGACACUGGAUUUUGGGUCGUGUGCACUAAUAAUGCAUAGUGACACCCCUUUUGCUUGGAGGCUGGUGAAAAGUGAAGCCGUGCCUGCUGCAGACGUGGACGACAGCUUCUUGAAUCCACGGUCACUCAUACGGGGGCACCGCAGGAGGCCUGUGUGUUCCGUCUCCUCACCUGCUAUGAUGAGCCCUGUCUGAAGCACCUGUUACAGGACUGGUUCCUCCCCUGGGGCUCAGGGGCUCAGGGCCCAGAGCUGCCCCGUGCCGGAAUCAUGUUUACCUCAUGUGUCGCCUCCCUGACCAGUGGCUGAGUGGCCCCAUGGAGGGGCAGUUGCCUCGGGAGCGAAGCCAAAAACAUCCAGGCACCCAACCCUUCUCUACGCAGCAUACCUGGGCCCUCAUCUUCCCAGGGGCUUCGUCUCAUCAUCGGACAAGUCGUGGUAGUUCUUGAAUUUUGCUUUUAAAAUGAAGUACUUAAAGCAAAGAAAAUGACUCUUUCUGAUGUGGUGGGAUCUAAGCAAUGCGUCUACCCUGAAUUUCCCCUAAUACUGUAUUCCCUUGGCUUUCAGAACCCUAACUUGACUAGGUAUCAUCAAAUUGCAAUAAAUGUUUUCUGAACAGGA